UACGGAACGUUGUAAAUUCCGGCACAAUAAUUAAACAGCUAUUAUUCAGAAUUACAGGCUUUGCGAAAAACUUGACGUAUUCCUAGUAGUAAAUCUAUCAUGUUACAUAAAUAUUUCAAUUUUAACCAGAUGAUAGGGCGAAUAUUGUCGAAUUUCCAUGCCAUCGUCUGCUGAAAAAAACUCCGGCAGUCUCUGGCGAAAUCAUGAUACGGGGGGCUGAGAUUCGUGCAAGCAUCUUUCUGAUCAAGAAUUUCAAGUAUUCUGGUGCUUUCAGGAUUUAUAUACGUUGACUGUGAUGCUUUGAACACUGCAAAGUAUUUUGACUUAAACUGGCGGCAAAACUUGAAUAUGACCCAGUUUGUAAAUAGACCUUACUGAUUUUUGAAUCAAAUAUUAUUUAUGACCUUGAGUUCAACCUUUGAGUGUAUAAUUUUUAAUAUUAUGACUAUGACGGAAAAACAAUUAAUAACAAGUAGAGAAGUACAAAAGAGGUGCAGCGGAUGGGUGGAAUCUCAGCAAGAACUUUUAUAUUCUGAAGACAAUGUUUUAAAAAGAAAACUAGAAACUGAACCAGAAGAGUUUUUUGAUACUGAUUCUGAAUUUGACUCAGUCUCAGAAUGUGGAACAAAAAGGCGCAGAGUGGGAAAACAAAUAAAGGAUGAAAUUUUGAAUUUACUCUGCGAAUGGAAAGAUUGUUUAUUUGAUAGCAAUUCCAUGGAAAUUUUUAUCAAGCAUGUUGCUAAUCAUAUUCCACAACUCAAAAUCAAAACUGUAGAAAAGGAAGAAGAAGUUUAUGUCUGUUCAUGGCAAGGAUGUUCCUUCGAAUCCAGUGCUUCUGAGGAUAUUACUAAGCACGUUAAUUAUCACGCAUACCAUACCAAGUUGAAAUGUAUUGGAUCCAAUGUCAGGGGAAGAAUAAAACUACCGAAAUGUUACCAAGAUCAACGUUUGAAGAAUGUGAUCGAACUAACUUGCUCUCAGAUCUGCCAAUGGGGGACAUGCUCAAAAACCAUCAACAAUUAUCAGGCUUACCUGUGGCACAUUAUAACACACAUAGAAACUAAUCCUCGUGGAAAUAAUGUAGAAGGAGGAGUAAAGUGUGAGUGGAUUGGAUGUAACGGAAGAUAUAAAAGCUUGUACAAGCUUCGAGAACAUAUGAGAUGCCACACAAAAGAAAAGACACUUGCCUGCCCUGAUUGCGGCGCUACAUUUGCAUCAAACACCAAAUUUUACGAUCACUGCAAACGACAAAUUCCUUUGGACUUACAAGGCUUCCAAUGCUCCUACUGCAACAAAUUUUAUCCAACUGAAAGUAUACUGAGAAAUCAUAUGCACUUUCACGUAUUUCAUUAUAAAUGCACGAUGUGUGAUAUGAGUUGUGAAUCACCGGCUGGUUUGGCGAAACAUAUUCGAUAUCGCCACAUAUCGAGUAGAGCCUUUAAAUGUCAGCUUUGUUCCCAUGCUGCUAAAUCCGAACAAGACCUAGACUCCCACAUGGCAGUUCAUACCCGAGGGCCAAAUUUCGUUUGUACAGUGGACGGCUGCUCCUAUGGUUGCAAGAAUUCGUACAUGAUUGAGAGACACAUGGAACGAGUUCAUUCACAAUUUAUCAGACUCUAUUGUUGCCACGAGUGUCCAGUGAAAUACCAAAAAAGCUAUAGACUCACAAAGCAUUUGAUAGAAGCACACCAUUUACGUUGGCCCAAUGGACAUAAGCGCUUUCGGUAUCAGAAAGAUGAGGAUGGUUGCUAUCGGUUGCAAGUUGUACGGUAUGAAACACUGGAUGAAGAAACUGCCGAGCCUACAGCGGAAACUAAACCACUACCUCUAAAAGAGAAAAAUUAUCAAUUAGAAUUAACAACAUCUUCACCGCUACCGACGUUGAAGAUAUCUGAAGAAGAAGAAAAUAAAUGUGAUUCUAAUAAACCGCUGGUGUCAGGAUCUGAAACUGUGAGGAAGUGUGGCAAGUCAAUGCCAGUUAUUUCGAAUAUUCUUAUAUGGAUUGAUGAUGUAGAUGCUGAUGGAAAUAUCAUCAAAAGUAAAGUUAUCGAGACUCAGGAAACAAACGAAUUGCCACCAUCUGAAGAACCGCCGAUUAUUAUAAAAUAAAUGUUACCGCUUGUCUUAGAUUGUCCAAGCAAUAACUUGAUCACACCAAAGCAUUUUGUGUCAAGUCCUGAGAAUGAAUAAAUUUCUAGCAAACUUAAA